UGCGCAUUGAGUUUCACCCUAGUCAGCAGUAUGAGAAAUGGUCCAUGCAAUCGUGAUUCCUCUCCUCGUCCCAACUCCGAGGUUACUCCAUUGAAUUUGACAUUUAAAAUGGUUAAGGUAAGAUUUGAGGUUAUGGUUAAGGUUAGGGAACUGUAGUAGGGGUUAAGGUUAGGGUUUAGGGUAGCGACGUCCCACGGUACCCGGGUAGCACUACCCAGGAUAAAAUGGCAGCACCUUUGAGGCAAGGAGGACAGCAGCCUCUGGAUGGUGCCAACCUCAAAGACCUGAGAGUUGCUCUGAAUGGCUUCUUGGUCAAAGGAGAGACGCUCAAGCUGAAGACUAAGUCUGACCCCCUCCAUCCUGGGUGGAAUGACAGUCAGCGUCAGGGACAAAAAAUGAUGCACCAAGUCACUGGCAGCAGCAAUGACUAUUGCAUGAGUGGCCUUGCAGAGGAGUGUCAACAACCAACCAGCCACUUUGACUUAUGUAGCUCGCAAUCCAACAAAUUCUACCCUUCGCCUCCACCCCCUACUCUACAGCUGCCCCACCCAAACCUGCACAAGCCCAUGCCCUGUCAAAUGCAACAAGAGACCCAGAAUGAGUUCCACCCUCAGACAGUGAGGAUCCGAGGGCCCAGUGAGGCUCCAACUGGGACAGAGAGCUCCAAGAAAAAGAAAGGAGGCGUCGUUAAGUCCGGCCGUAGAGGGAGACCCUCAGGGACCACGAAGUCAGCCGGUUACCGGACAAGCACUGGGCGUCCGUUGGGGACCACGAAAGCUGCAGGGUUCAAGACCAGUCCCGGCAGGCCUCUGGGUACGACCAAAGCGGCAGGCUACAAGGUUAGCCCUGGCAGGCCUCCUGGUAGCAUCAAGACUCUGGCUCGGCUCAAGAAACUGGAGUACGGGAGCUGUGAUGGUACCAAGAAACUAGGCUUCAGUAACUGCGUCGGCGGAGCCAAGAAACUGGACUAUGCCAGCUGUGAUGGUACCAAGAAAUUGGACUAUGCCAGCUUCGAAGUGGCACCUUUCCCUUACAACCUGAUGCAGAAACGAGGCUUGCGUGAGCCUACUGGCAAAGUGGAGGAACCUAACGAGUAGUUAUGCCUGCGUCUCUAUCUAUUGCCUGGAAAUCAUAUUUGAGUGCUUGUCCUAAAGGGUGUUGAUGACCAGCAGGGACUCAUGUAGCCAAAAUAUUGGUUGACUUUUGGAUAUGUCUGGCACUGGUUACUAAUGAAUGGCUCCUCCUCUCUUCAUUGCACUCUGCUGAUAUUGUCACCAUGUCAUCUGUCCCUAUCCAAAGACUGAAAUCGCUCUCUUUUAUUCAAAAAGUUUGUUAUCUUAUUUUACAGAAAUUGCAUGAUAAAGCAUAUAAUAAAUACAAUCAAUAUACUUUAGCUAAACAGGAAUGAGAAAUAGCCUACUAUUCGUCAUAAUCUAGUCAAAUGCUCGCUGUCUGGAGAAGGGUUGAUGUUUUGUUUAAAUUUUUAAAUAUCUGACUUUCAUUCAUCUGUUUAUUUUAUGCUCUGAUAUAAUGUGCUUUUAUCAUUAGUAGUUUGCUUGUCCUCCUGAUAUUUUCCACAUUGAAAAUGCAUCUGAGUAGAAAACAACACAAAACACACUAGCAAAACAUGAAUCUUAGUAGGAAACAACACAAAACACACUAGCAAAACAUGAAUCUUAAGCAUCUCCCAGAGUACGUGUGGCAGUGUUUGUGUCUUUUUGUGUUGUAUGGUAUAACAUAUUUUUUAUUUGUAUUUAUACAUAGCAUAUUUAUACACAGGAUUUCAUGCAAUAUAACAUUGUUACAACAUGUUUUUUGAAAUUGUGUUUGAACUUUUGGGCCUCCCGAGUGGCACAGCGGUCUAAGGCACUCCACCGCAGUGCUAGAGGCGUCACUUCAGACCCGAGUUCGAUCCCGGGCUGUAUCACAACCGGCUGUGAUUGGGAGUCCCAUAGGGUGGUGCACAAUUGGCCCAGCGUCGUCCAAGUUAGGGGAGAUUUUGGCCGGGUAGGCCGUCAUUGUAAAUAAGAAUUUGUUCUUAACGGACUUGCCUAGUUAAAUAAAGAUGACAAAAUAAUAAA